GAUAAACACGGCUUAUAACGGCGGCGGGUCAACUGAGCGUCACUAGAAGCGAUCAUGUCGUCCAAGCUUGUAGCCGUGGUGACAGGAGCCAACAAGGGGGUGGGGUUUGGUGUUGCAAGGGCGCUGUGCAAACAGUUUGACGGUGACGUCAUUCUUACAGCUCGAGAUAAUGACCGCGGUCAGCAGGCUGUCGCUGACCUGAACCAGGAGGGACUCCGGCCUCGUUUCCAUCAACUGGACAUCACCGACACCGACAGCGUGGACGCCCUAGCGACGUUCCUGGGGGACAACUACGGCGGGCUUGAUGUCCUGGUCAAUAACGCUGCCAUAGCUUACAAGGGCGAUUCACCUGCGCCAUUCUCGGAGCAGGCUCGGGAGUCUGUCAGAUGUAACUUUACAGGGACUCUCAGCGUUACCCGGGCGCUGAUGCCCCUUCUCCGUCCUCACGGCAGGGUAGUUAUAGUGUCCAGCGAAGCUUCUAAGCGAGCGGUGGAUAAAUGUUCUUCAGAACGACAGGCGCAGUUCCGAGAUCCCAGCUUGACCAUGGAGGGAUUGCAGUCACUGAUGGCGGAGUUUGUACAGGAUGCCGCCGCAGGAACACAUCAAGAGCGGGGCUGGCCGAACACCGCUUACGGGGCGUCCAAGAUCGGUGAGACGGUGAUGGCGUUUAUACUCACGCGAGAACUCGCUGCAGACCCGCGAGAGGAUAUAAUUGUCAAUGGUUGUUGCCCUGGUCACGUGGACACAGACAUGUCCAGUCACAAGGGUCCGCUGACCAUCGACCAAGGUGCCGAUACUCCCGUCUUCUUGGCGCUGCUACCCUCAGGCGUGGAAGGACCAAAGGGUCAGUUCUGUCGUCUCAGAAAGGCCGAGGAUUGGUGACAUGGAACCAAGGGUCCUGAUUCCACCCAGCCAUUGCAGAAGAAUAUGUGCCGUCUCUGAACUAUGGAAUACUGUAAGAGACAUUCUCGUAAUCACGACCACUGAAAGCGAGCCAAAUAUGACAAAAGAGCGAGGCCGCGAGAUCGCCAGAAUGUCGCUUACAGAUUCAACACUGAACACACUGCCCUUAAUACCGUGGUAAUCUAUCCACCAUCCCAAAACCUGAAAGCACGAGUGGACGUACACCUAUCAGACUCAAGCACUAAUGUUAUUAUUUAAACAAGGUGUUGUGUUCGUAGAUAUUAAAUUUUCAUUGUCCAUAGUCGUAUGUAAAGUGAGGAAAAGGCUUCUGUAUUUUGAGGAACAUGACGUUUCGGAGUAUAUUGUUACUCAUUCAUCAGGUGAUACCAAUAUACCCCGAAACGUCUACGAAUAUAUAACGAACCGUAGUGUUCUUCAGAAUGCAGUAGGUUACAUCCAUACAUUUUUUUCUGCUUUUUGUGUAUCACUUCUAAAUGCCAGGCCUAAAGAUUUCAUUAUUGUAUAUGUCUCUUUUGUAUUUGAUUUACAUAACCUUAAAUCAUUAAAAAACGAAAUGAUAAAUCUUU